CACACCUUCUGUCAUGGCGUCGGUAACUUUGCGUGACUGUUUUCUCUGUGUUUCAGCGUUUAUUAACUUUAUCUUUGUCUUCGUGACAGGCGCUGAUUUUGUUCGUUUUGUGUCGUUUCGCGCUAUCUAUCAUAACCUGAGCGGCGGCGCGCCUCUGUGUCGAGAGUCUGUGUCGUGGUCUGUGGCUCUGCGUGACGGUGCGGUUUUACGGGCUGUAGCUGUGGAUGUUUUCCUUCUGGUCCUCUUCAGUGUUCAGCACAGUCUGUUGGCAUGGGGUCCAGUGAAGAGAGCCUGUCAGAACCUGCUGGGGGUUUUGACCAGAACCAUGUACUGCUUCACCACUGCUCUGGCACUGCAGGUGUUGAUGCGAUGUUGGCAGCCGGUCACCAGCGCCCCCUGUCUGUGGUCGGUGCAGAACACCAGCUGGGAUAUUUAUUUCCCUCUCAUCUGUUUUAUUUUACACUUUCUGUGCUGGGCGAUCAUCUGCAGCAUUCUCCUUAUAUUUGACUAUCCAGAAUUACUGGGCAUCAAACAGGUGUAUUACGAGUGUUUGGGUCUGGGCGAUCCUCUCUCUUUAAAGUCUCCACGUGCCCAGCGGCUCUUCGCUCACCUGAGACAUCCCGUGUGUGUGGAGCUGCUCGCGGUUCUUUGGGUUCUUCCCACGUUUCCCGUGGACCGUCUCGUGCUGGCCGUUUAUCUGUCUGUAUAUCUGAUGGCGGCUCACUCUCUGGACACACAGGACUGUACAUAUCUCAACCGACAGCUGCAGACCAAACUGAAAGUCUUCUGCGCACCGCUAGAGGACAAUGAUCAGAGUAAUAACAACCUCAACAAACAGGACUAAAAAAUCAAGUGUUAUGUUCACAUUAGCAUGAGGCCAUCUUUACCGGUGGAAAUACUCAAUCAUGAUAUUUCUCAUAUAAAAAUAGAGGUAGAAAUGAUCAAAACAUCAAAAUAAACGGAGCUAUUUCUAUUUGACAGUUACAGCAGCUCAUGUCUAGUCCAGAUUAAAAAGAGUUGAAGUGCCUUACACAGUCAAUAUGAUUUGAUUCAUCGGCGAUCAUUUUAAUUCAGUUUAGUUUUCAUUGUCGUAAUCUGUUUAUGGUUUCUUGUUGAAAUCUAUUCAAAAAUCGUAAGGUACGUACAACUUUACAUUUUAAUACCUACAUAAAGUGACCAUUCUACUGGUGCAAAUGAGAUUUCAUUGUGUAAAGGUUCUCUUUUUUUGAAGAAUUAGAAACAUGACCGAUGAUUUUUGACUAGUUUAAAUUCAACGUUUCGUAUCAUUUAUGCAAGUAAUUAUGAGAUUGUUUUGAUGAAUUGGCAUUUGAAGAGUUUGGUUCCAAAAUGACAUAACUCAUUCACUUUUUCAAAAAUCAUGUUUUUUAUGAUGUCAUCAUGUUUUAUUGUGUUAGUUAGCUGUAUUUUUGGAGUUAUUAUGGCUUAAAUCAACACAAACCAACUGCAGUUUGAUUGAAAUGAAUUGGAUUGAACAACAUUUAUUUAUUUUAUUUUAAAAUGAACUCAUUUUGGAACCAAACUCUUUAUUUUAACUUGCAUUAGCGAAUACUGUCAUAGUUACGUUGAACUCUUUAGUGCAUACUUUGAGGUGGUUUCCCAUACGGGCUUAAGACUAGUCCUAGACUAAAAUACUGAAAACUGAAAAUACAGCAGUGCCGUUGUUUUGUCUCGAGAUGCACAACUGUAAUGCUUGUUUGUUGAAACUACUUAAAUGCCCCAAAGCUAAGGCCUAGUCCUGUGUUAAACUAAUCCCUGUUUCUGGAACCCCCCUUGUGUUUUUAAAUAAGCGUCAACGUCGAGCUAUCAAUUCGUGACUAUUAAUUCAUUAUUUUACACACACCUGGAAAAUACAUCACAUGUUUCUAGUAUUAAUGAUUUGAGAUGCACUCUGUAGGGUGUAAACCAAGUGUUGACUGUGUUUGUAGUCUUCGUGUUUUCUAUCCAUGACUAAUAGAAUAGAUCGAGCAGCAGAAUAUUUUUAUAAGUCUCUUAUGAUCUGUCAUGUAUUUUGAAUGAGAUUUAUGUUGUCUGAAGGUGACGAGGAGGGCAGGUCAUGAGAUUAAACUGCUUUAUUCAGAUCUCUGACCGGAGUCAUUAACAACACACAAACACACAAUCAAACACACACACCUGAACCAUGAGCAGCUAGAUCACACAUAUAGAGAAAUAAACUUUAUUUUUAUAGGUCAAGAGUAUGUUCUUUUCUUGAGACUUUUAAAACAGCUUUUACACCCUCAGGCUUAUUUUGAUGUCACGUCAUUAACUUGUGUUAAUGUUGAGUAUUAUUUUUGUGUUUCUGUUGACAAACAACCAUGUGUCAUACCUACUGGAAAAUGUGCCUUUGUUUUUUGUUAUUAUGAAUACAGCUUGAAAUGUGUGUACUUGAAUACGAAGUCACUUACUGCAGAAUGUAUUUUUACAUGAUUAUUAAACAUUGCUUUUUCAGAACUUGUAAGGUUUUUC